AAGCCCACUGUUUUGAUGUCUGUCAGUUUGCUCCUAUUAACAGGUUGCGCUUGGGCUAAAAAAGGUUAUGCAUAUGUACAUAUAUUUUCUUGCCCUUUUUUUGAAAGUAGAUGCUGGAUAAGAGUGGCAAUGACGUCAGUCACUCAGCAAAUUUAUCAAACGUCCAGAGCCUGCAUUUGUGCCUUUGGUUAUCUUAGCAACUCAAGACCGUUCUUCGUUCUUCGGGAACUCGGUCAGGUGGUCACUCUGCACCUCUGACCUCUUUAAAUUCAGCUUCUUUAACUACUGGUGGAACACUGGCAACUUUCACAGACGAGGCUAACAAACCCUAAGGAGAGGAGGGAAGGUGUUCCAAGAGGCUCAGAGCUCCCCCAGAGGCUCCGGCCUGAAAGAGAGCGAAGGAAGAGAGUUACAGGAUCAUGUCCCCCCAGGACUCGGGGUGACCUUGUCUGAAGUGAAUCCACCAAGGACAGGGCUCAGAACGCCUUCCUCUCCACUAGCCCAAGGCGCAACCCGAACCCAGCGCGGGGCUGUGCCCAGAGGGUGGCGCUGCUAACCCAGCCUCGGCCCACCGUCGCCAGCAGCUUCCCCGCCGCUGCGGGAGCCCCCCGCUAGCCCUCCCGCAGGCCGGCGGGGGUGGGGGGCGCAGCGCCCGGUAGGGGGCGCCCAGUCCCAGGCGCCGCGGCUCCCUCCGCCCACCCGGAAGCGGCUGCGGCUGGGCGAACCCCGCGCGAGUGCUCUGCGAGGCGGGCCGCAGGGAGGGAGGCGCGAAGAGGGCGCGAGGGUGGCCGCCGGAGGGAGCCGCCGCCCCUGGCCGCCCGGGUCCCCGCGGGGCGCAUGGGGCGCUUGGAGCUGGGAUCGCGUGAGGGCCCGGCGCCCAGCUUCCUGCUGCCGUGAGAAGCCGCGCCGGGACGCCCCCAGGACUCCAAACUGCCGGGAGGAUGACCAUGGCCGGGGGCAGGAGAGGACUGGUGGCCCCGCAGAACACGUUUCUGGAGAACAUUGUCCGGCGGUCCAGUGAUACUAAUUUUGUGUUGGGGAAUGCCCAGAUAGUGGACUGGCCUAUCGUGUACAGCAACGACGGAUUUUGCAAGCUGUCUGGCUAUCACAGGGCGGAAGUGAUGCAAAAAAGCAGUACCUGCAGUUUUAUGUAUGGGGAGCUGACCGAUAAAGACACAAUUGAAAAGGUGCGGCAAACGUUUGAGAACUAUGAGAUGAAUUCCUUUGAAAUUUUGAUGUACAAGAAGAACAGGACGCCUGUGUGGUUCUUUGUGAAAAUUGCUCCAAUUCGAAAUGAACAGGAUAAAGUGGUUUUAUUCCUUUGCACUUUCAGUGACAUAACAGCUUUCAAACAGCCAAUUGAGGAUGAUUCAUGUAAAGGCUGGGGGAAGUUUGCUCGGCUGACCAGAGCUCUGACAAGCAGCAGGGGUGUCCUGCAGCAGCUGGCUCCCAGCGUUCAAAAAGGCGAGAAUGUCCACAAGCACUCCCGCCUGGCCGAGGUUCUGCAGCUGGGCUCAGACAUCCUUCCCCAGUACAAGCAGGAGGCCCCAAAGACCCCCCCGCACAUCAUCCUACACUACUGUGUUUUUAAGACUACGUGGGAUUGGAUCAUCUUGAUUUUAACCUUCUACACAGCCAUCUUGGUCCCUUACAAUGUCUCCUUUAAAACCAGGCAGAACAACGUGGCCUGGCUGGUUGUGGAUAGCAUCGUGGAUGUCAUCUUUUUGGUGGACAUUGUGCUGAAUUUUCAUACUACCUUUGUGGGACCAGCUGGGGAAGUGAUCUCUGACCCCAAACUCAUCCGCAUGAACUACCUGAAGACGUGGUUUGUGAUUGACCUUCUGUCCUGUUUGCCAUAUGAUGUCAUCAACGCUUUUGAGAACGUGGAUGAGGUUAGUGCCUUUAUGGGUGAUCCAGGGAAGAUUGGUUUUGCUGAUCAGAUCCCACCACCCCUGGAGGGGAGAGAGAGUCAGGGCAUCAGCAGCUUGUUUAGCUCACUGAAGGUCGUUCGGCUGCUUCGUCUGGGGCGAGUGGCCCGUAAGCUGGACCACUACAUUGAGUAUGGAGCUGCCGUGCUGGUCUUGCUGGUGUGUGUGUUUGGGCUAGCUGCUCAUUGGAUGGCCUGCAUUUGGUACAGCAUCGGGGACUACGAGAUCUUUGAUGAAGACACCAAGACCAUUCGCAACAACAGCUGGCUCUACCAACUGGCGAUGGACAUUGGCACCCCUUACCAGUUUAAUGGGUCUGGCUCAGGGAAGUGGGAAGGUGGUCCCAGCAAGAAUUCUGUCUAUAUCUCCUCAUUGUAUUUCACUAUGACCAGCCUUACCAGCGUGGGCUUUGGCAACAUUGCCCCAUCCACAGACAUCGAGAAGAUCUUUGCAGUGGCCAUCAUGAUGAUUGGCUCUCUUCUGUAUGCCACCAUCUUCGGGAACGUGACGACCAUUUUCCAACAGAUGUACGCCAACACCAACCGGUACCAUGAGAUGCUCAACAGCGUUCGGGACUUCCUGAAGCUCUACCAGGUGCCAAAGGGCUUGAGUGAGCGAGUCAUGGAUUAUAUUGUUUCCACCUGGUCCAUGUCCAGAGGCAUCGACACCGAGAAGGUUCUGCAGAUCUGCCCCAAGGACAUGAGAGCUGACAUCUGUGUGCACCUGAACCGCAAAGUGUUCAAGGAACACCCAGCUUUCCGGCUGGCCAGUGACGGCUGCCUGCGGGCACUGGCCAUGGAGUUCCAGACAGUGCACUGCGCCCCGGGGGACCUUAUCUACCAUGCAGGAGAGAGUGUUGACAGCCUCUGCUUUGUGGUCUCCGGCUCCCUGGAGGUGAUCCAGGAUGACGAGGUGGUGGCUAUCCUAGGGAAAGGAGACGUGUUUGGAGAUGUGUUCUGGAAGGAAGCCACCCUGGCCCAGUCCUGUGCCAACGUUAGGGCCCUGACCUACUGUGACCUGCAUGUGAUCAAACGAGACGCCUUGCAGAAAGUGCUGGAAUUCUACACGGCCUUUUCCCACUCCUUCUCCAGGAACCUCAUUCUCACCUACAACUUGAGGAAGAGGAUCGUGUUCCGGAAGAUCAGCGAUGUGAAACGUGAGGAGGAAGAGCGCAUGAAACGCAAGAAUGAGGCCCCCCUGAUCUUGCCCCCGGACCACCCUGUCCGGCGACUCUUCCAGAGGUUCCGGCAGCAGAAGGAGGCCCGACUGGCCGCAGAGCGGGGCGGCCGCGAUCCCGACGACCUGGACGUGGAGAAGGGCAGUGCCCUCCCCGAGCACGCCUCGGCCAAUCACAGCCUGGCGAAGGCCAGCGUGGUGACCGUGCGUGAGAGUCCGGCCACGCCCGUGGCCUUCCAGGCGACCUCCACAGCUGCAGUGGCAGACCACGGGCGGCUGCACGCGCCUGGGGUUGAGUGCUUGGGCGCCAGGGCCGGCGGCGGAGGCGGCGACUGCGCCAGGCGCAAGGGCUGGGCCCGCUUCAGGGAUGCCUGCGGCAAGGCUGAGGGCUGGAGCCAGGUGGCCAAGGCCGAGUCCAUGGAGACGCUCCCCGACAGGACCAAGGCGUCCGGAGAGGCCACCCUCAAGAAGACGGACUCCUGCGACAGCGGCAUCACCAAGAGCGACCUGCGCCUGGACAACGUCGGCGAGGCUAGGAGCCCCCAGGACCGAAGCCCCAUCUUGGCGGAGGUCAAGCACUCUUUCUACCCCAUCCCUGAGCAGACACUGCAGGCCACGGUCCUGGAGGUGAAGCACGAGCUGAAGGAGGACAUCAAGGCCUUGAACACCAAAAUGACAAAUAUUGAGAAACAGCUCUCUGAGAUCCUCAGGAUAUUAACUUCCAGAAGAUCCUCUCAGUCUCCUCAGGAGCUGUUUGAGAUAUCGAGGCCCCAGUCCCCAGAAUUAGAGAGAGACAUUUUUGGAGCAAGCUGAGUGGUCUGUUUAAAAAAAAAAAGGAAGAAAGAAAGUCAAAGAUAAAACCCCGCCUCCCUGCCCUCAACACCCCUCCCACCACACACACCUACAUGACCAACAACUUCCAAAGUAGGCUUUUCCUGACAGAAAAUCAGAGCGGGACCAGUCGCUUAGGCACUCUCUCUCUCUCUCUCUCUCUCUCGCUCUCUCUGGGAGCAGACGUGGAGGAGGCGCACGCCACCACCCUGCAAGAUGGCAGCCGCUCUCAAACUGUCUGCACAAUUUUGGAAGAGGGGGCAUGCUGUCUAAAGGGUAUUUUCCUUCAUUUUUAAUUUUUUACUGCCAUGAUCUUUGUAAAAGAGGACAACCGCUAGAAAAGAGGAGCAGCUACUUGGGGACUAGUGGGAGCGCCCUGGAGAACACCCCCAUGUAGAUACCAGGCUGGGCUCCUGCGCCAAGAACCCCAAAGAUUGCGGUGGGCACAGGGACUUCCCAGCAUUCCCUGUCCUUGUACAGCCCAUGUCUGUCGUCAUCUUCUAUUUUCCUAUAGUAGUCAUUUGUAACCAGCCCGGGACAAGGGGAGCUUGAGGGAUAAGGCGGGCAGAGCCUUGCAACUUUCUGUCCCUAAUGGUUAAGACCAGAAAGCUGUGAGGUGCUUUGGGUACCUGGACACUGAGAGCCGGGUAUCCUCGGGUCUCCUUUCCCAAGUAGAAGAGCUGGAAAGGGCCUUUCAGGAAGCAGAGACUUUCUGGGCUGUGCUCUGCAGCCUACGGUCAUGGGAGAGACCACAGGGAGGGUUCCAGAAGCCUCUCAUGCGCCUCUGGCCCUGCUCCACGCCGCUGUCCUCAUCGCUCGGGCCCCUUCGCUUCCUGUCCUUCUCAGCCUCUCCCCAGUGUUCCGUGGCCUUCCUCAGGGUGUGCGGCAUCGGCAGGAAGGGCAGUGAGCCCAGAGUUGCUUUGUUAGCAAAGCAGACACACACACACACACACACACACACACACACAACCUCAGAAAAAUGAUUGUAGCAAGUCCUAUGUUUAUGUUGAUUCUCACUGGGAUUCAGGGCCCUUCAGAAGUUUGUAUUUUGUCCACUGCCUGGGGUCAUUAGAGGACCCUUGGGAUCCAUGCUUGGCCUUAUUUUAAAAUUAACUUCUUUUUCUCCAGCUACAGUCAGCAGGACUUCAGGAGAAAUGGAGAAGACUGCAGGCCAAGGUUGUACUUGCUUCAGGUGCAGGAGAAAGAGAAGGAGGCAGCAGGUUCUCCGGAUGGCUUUGUAGGGUGAUGGAGAGAGGAGGCCCAGGGAAGGUCUGAGCUCAGGGCGACAGUCACAGAGCCACCUGUGGGCCACCCAGACCCCUAUGCCAAUGCUUGGGGACUCUCUGUUGCCUCCUAGGCACCUGGGGUCAAAUUAUUCAUGUGUUUGGACAUCUGAGAAGGGAGAGAGGUCUCUCCUAGGCCCAGUGGAUCUAGCUCAGGUGUAUGCCCUGCAGAGAGGGUCAGGACCCUAAAACUUGACAAGCAAAGUUGGAAGUUCAGCUCUAAGAACUAGCUUGGAGAGAGAGGGGACCUGGGCUCUGGUUGACAGCAGGGACUCAUCCAGGGCUCUGGCUUUCUGAAUGAGUCACACUACAGCACCUCACCUCUGCACCCGGCAUGAUUUUGCUGCACAGAUCCUGAACCCGUGCUUAUCCCCUCAGUACUAGAGGGGAAUUCCCAGGGCAGGACUUGCCCUACCAAAGAUACUAAACAUUUUUGAAGGUCUCCUGUCAGCAUACCCACAUGUCCCUUUGGUCUUGUUCAGUGGCCAUGACAGGUCCCAGGACUUGGCCUUCAGCAGUCUGUGCAGAAUGGGGUUGUCCCCUCCUGGCACCCAGCACUGGCACAGAUGGCCCUGGGGAACAGAGAUCCAGGAAGUCAAGAGAAGGUUCCUUCCCCAGGGGUCCCAUAUAACUUAUUAACCCACUCAUGGGAGGCUUACUGGGGUGGUUCUUGGCUUCCCAAGCCUGCAGCAUUAUUCAAUCUAGCCUCAGAUGGCAGCAUAGAAUGAGGGGGAAGUAUAUUUUCCCAAGACCAAGUCAUGACUGUUUGUGACUCUGGAUAAAGCAGUGGGAAUUUCAGUCUCCUUGAGAAGCUGCCAACUAGUCCAGAGGCUCUAAAAGAUCUGGAAUCCCAUCUGCUCCAGAAUAUUCUAGUUUGGUAUUCCUUAAAUGUGCUCAUUACCCUGCUUCUGAAGUUUAGUGCCCACUACUUUCAAGUCAGGGGUCAGGGCCCUAAUAACUCCAUCGCCCAGCUUCGGAAGCACCCGCCCAGCUCUCUGUGGGUUUGAUGACAGGCUCCUGUACAGCGCCCUGCAGGCCAACCUAGUGGGGCCCUUCCCCACUGGUUCUGCUGGAGGGCACAGUUGUGUUAGUAAGAAAUGACUCCCCUCUGGGGUCUGAGGGGCAAAGACACUGAUGGGCCAGACUUGAAAGUCCACACUUGUCUUGGGGGAAAAAAUAAAGCUUCGUGAAUGUACCCGUGGAUUGACUCCUAGGAUUUGGGUAGGGCUCAUGACCAGAAGCCUGGAUCCUGUGGAUGGAAUGUGUUCCUCUCGGGCUCACGGGGCCUGCACGUGAGCCUGUGGUGACAGAUCACCGCAGUGUGGCUGUACGUGCUUUUAGUCUUUUCUGCUUAAGGAUUAUAGGGACUUGUGCUUUGUUUCCUCUGGAAAAAAAAAUUUUUUUAAAUGAGCCAAACCUUCUCUCCUUUCAUCUUUGCGAUACCCAUGUGGCCGUGGGCUGCUCUGUGCUAACUACCUACUCUUGCCUGGAUGCAGCUCUGGCUUCCUGAGCAAGGGCCACAAGCUCCAAAUACUGACUGAACCUUCCACUAUCUGGUGGCUGAAGAGAGGUUAGGGAAACAGAGUCACUAGGUGUUGGACCAAACAUUUAGACUUUAGAAGUUCGGCUGAGACAUAUUUACCUGAGUAAUUUGUUCCUUUCCAAGGGAAGGGGACAUGAUGCAUUAUACCAUUCCAUUGCCCAGACUUGCUGGUUACUUGAUCUCAUACUUAAACUCCUUACCUUGAAUGUGAUUUGCAGGGAGGCUCUGCUUUCCAGAGUGUCCCUGCUUUGGAGCUAGAGGUCCUGCCCCACCACUUGGCUGCUGUCGACCAUGCUCUCCUCUCUCCCACUGAGGGAGGUGUGGGGUUGAGAGUUGAGUCUGUGAAAGAAAAUGACCAACCA